AUGUUCCGAUCAAUGUCGUCACCCGAUUGCGGUGAUGGGGAUCCAGGACUGGUGCAAUGGUGUAAACAGCACGAAGGCACGUUGAAGUUGGAGUUACUGUUCGAGGCGUUACGAAUUUUGAAUGGUGCCAGAGGUCGCAAGACAAAUUCCACCACAACUCCACUCCGUCGAUCAACGUCACAUACCGAUGAGUAG